CCUCUCUCACUCUCACUCUCACUCUCGAGAAGAAGCCAUUGUUUGUUUGGCUUUGCGGUUUUUAUAUCACAUUAUAUUCGAAUAAGCCUCGUGAUGUCUGCUGCGGUCGCCCCAGCUGUAUCGACUCUUCGAUCAAACAAUAUGUCUUCCCCCAUGGACUCGAAGAAGGCAGAAAAAGAAGGUUCGUGUCACGCUUUCCCUACAGUUUUUUGCCUCGCAUUUUUCUAGUACUUUUGCUUUACAAGUGAUAUUCCAUUUAUUUUAUGGAUCUUCCAUUUCAUGUUGUUCUGCAUUAUACUUCCAGAAAAGAAAAAAAAUGGUCCCCUUUUUGGUUUGGUAAUACGCCACUGUCCCCGAUCCUUAAAUUCCCCAAGUCCUUUGCCGUCGCGAUGACUUCACCCACUGGCGUCAUUGAUUUCCUCCCCACCAACACAUGCAUCUUCCACACACAAUGAAGCCCCCGGCUAGAUCCCAAAACCGCAGUGACUCGCAGGCCGCGUCUUCACAGAAGGACCAGAAAUCUAACGUAGAGACUCAGACCUCGUUGGCGCCGCCUCCACGACCGGGUGCGCCUACUGCGUCUGAUACUCCGGACUAUUUCAAUUCCAUGCACAACCCUUUCUCGCUAGAGCCCAACCCAUUUGAGCAAUCGUUCGGAGGGAAUCCAGCCGAGACCCCAGGAAAAUCGCUUCUUCCCUCUGUCGCUGCCCUCACUUCACCAGCCUUACCUGGAACAAGUUCUGCUAGUGGUUACAAUUGGAACAACUCCCUGCGCUCGGGACCUCUUAGUCCGGCUAUGCUCCCAGGGCCUACCGGCCCUAAUGACUACUUUGACAGCAUCGGCCGCGGCUUCCCUACCCCGAACGAGUCCUCCCUCCGCACAGGACUGACACCUGGUGGUGGAGGCUCUAUGUUCCCUGCCCCUAGUCCUAACUCACAAGCUCUCUUGCAACAACUUCAGAACGGCGGCGCCACUCCUUCCACUAUUGAUUUCCAUCGCACCGCACUUGCAGCAAAGAAGAACAACUCGAAUGCUCCCACCUCCAACCCCAACGAGCAGGAACAGGCUGCUGCCAAUAUGGAUGUAAAACCAGCUCGGCCCGCUGACUUCACUCAGCAUGAUGCGGCUGAUGCGGCGAACGGACUGUUCAUGCUGGCGAAGGGUGGCCAGGCGAACAAUGCGCCGAUGAACCAUGCCCAAAUGUCAAAUGAUACUCGUGCUGCAGCUGCCCGACGUGUCUCCCAGAACACCAAUGGUACCAGUGCCGAGGAUGCAUCUGACCACGAACCCGCUAAACCCGCCAAGGGCAAGGGCAAAAAGAACGCCCCCAAGGCCCCUGCUGCCAAUAACCGCCGUAAGGCCGAAGAGGCCCCGAAGGGAUCCAAUAAAAGGGCGAAAGUCAACAUGGAGAUGCCUUCGGAUAUGGAUGAUGAGGACGAUGAGGAUGAUGAUAUGAAGCAAUUCCCAAUGGAUACCAAGAAGAUGACUGAUGAGGAGAAAAGACGCAAUUUCCUGGAGCGUAAUCGUGUCGCGGCUUUGAAAUGUCGUCAACGGAAGAAGCAGUGGCUGGCUAACCUUCAAAACAAGGUUGAGCUUUUCACCUCAGAGAAUGAUGCCCUUACUGCGACAGUGACUCAGCUGCGUGAAGAGAUUGUCAACCUCAAGACUCUUUUGCUGGCACACAAAGAUUGCCCGGUCUCUCAGGCCCAGGGGCUCGGCCCCCUUAUGAUGAACGGCAUGUCAGCCGGAUACGAUCACCAUGGGUAUAAUAUGCCGCCUAACAUGGGCAUGCAGCCCGGUGGCAUCCCUACACAGGGCAUGCGUCGAUGAGAAAACUUUCUUUGUUUCUCAUCUCAAAAUACCUAUCUUGCUUUUUGCCGCAUGCAGGAAAUACAGUUCACUGCUUAGACCCGGCGGUUGAUCUCUUCUUCCUGGGAGUUUAUUUUUCCUCGCGGUUUCUUUCGGCUAAGGCUCCGCCGAUUGUUUUGGCAUGGGCAGGUGUUAAUGAUCCUCAUGACUCAAAAAUGGACGGACUAACUUGGUGGUCUGGAAUGACCUUUUUUUGAGGGUGUGUCAAUCCGGCGUAUGAGAUGCUUUCUUCUUUCUAUCUAUGGCUGUUUCGAGGUUGAUGUUCUGCUUUAUGACGUUCCCCCUUUCCCCUGUUGUAUUUUUUUACCCUUUCGCUUUUCUCUUUCUUUAAUCCUCCUCCUUGAUGGCUCGGAGGAAUUUUUACCUUUCGCUUGUCUAAUACUUGAGGGCACACCGGUGCAUUGUUUGUGUUCCCAAAUGUGGGUUGCUUGUGUCGAAAUACAUGAUUCCUGGGCGGCGUACGGAUGGCUUUGUGAUUUUUUGAUGUGUUUGACUAGUUUCCUUGAACCAGAUGGUUGGGCAAAUGAAUCGACAAUCGCUUUGAAAGUGUGUUAUACAUUGGCGUAAAUCUUCAUUCAUUAUACGCUGGGUGUAGAGCGAAGUCAUUGCGCUUCAUGAUUGCAGCUCCUACCUCUGGGAUCUAUAGGAAUUAUAUCUUCAAUCAUAUAUCAU